GUUCCCCAGAAGCACCGUGGCCGCCUCCACCAAAUCUCAAAACACCCAAACAAUAAACCCUCCACCGGACAGGAUUUGUUGCUGGAAAAUACAGUGAAAGUUGGAGAUGCGCCGGUCACCGGAGGAGAAGACGUGGCGACGGUGAGGGAGGCCGGUCGGAGAAGACGCACGAUAGUGAGGAGGGACAAAACUUGUCAAUUGAUAGAAUACUUGAAGAUACAAAAGUCAAAGAAUUUAACUUCCAGAGAACUGACGCCAGUUCCAUCGAGUUCCAUAGAGAACUGAGUUCCUAUGUAACAAACACUCUAAUUUUAUAAUUCCACCUCCACUUCCAUUUCCCAAGUUUCAAUUCAUGCGUACCAAACGACUCUCCGGUUUGUGAAACAAAGGCCAAGUGCAAAGUGGUUCCUUCACUGGCGGGAAGGUAUGGGGGUCGACUACUACAAGAUCCUUCGGGUGGAUCGAAGCGCCAACGGUGAUGAUCUCAAGAAGGCCUAUCGAAAGCUUGUCAUGAAGUGGCACCCUGAUAAAAAGCUCAACAACAAGAAAGAGGCUAGUGAUAAGUUCAAGCAAAUCUUCGAGGCCUACAAUGUUUUGACUGAUCCACAAAAGCGAGGAGCGUAUGAUCAGUAUGGUGAGGAGGGGUUGAAGGGACAGGCACCGCCACCCGGCACUGGCGGGUUUUCCGGCGGACCAACGACGUUUCCUGUCAACCCGAGAAGUCCGGAUGAUAUAAUUUCGGAGUUAUUUCGGUUUAUGGACGAAACGGAUGGGCGUGCUGGCGGGUCCACUUUUCGCCGGGGCGUGUUUGGCGAUGAAUUUUUUUCUUCAUUCAUGAGUGGAGGUGGAGAUGGCUCCGCAAAUAUACCAAGGAAAGGUGCAGCUAUAGUGCGAACACUGCUAUGUAGUUUGAAGGACUUGUAUAAAGGAACUAGAAAGAAAAUGAAGAUUUCGAGAGAUGUUGUAGAUGCCAAUGGGCAGCCGAUCCCAGUACAGGAAAUUCUUCCAAUUGAGAUCAAGCCAGGUUGGAAGAAAGGAACAAAAAUAACUUUUCCAGAGAAGGGAAAUGAACAAAGAGGACUUAUGCCUGCAGACCUUAUCUUCAUCAUUGAUGAGAAACCUCAUAGUGUCUUCAGGAGGGACAACAACGAUCUUAUCUCCACCCAGGGGAUAUCUCUCGUUGAAGCCCUGACAGGUUAUGUGGCACAGCUGACAACCCUUGAUGGUCGGAAUCUUACCAUUCCCAUCAACUCAAUCAUGAGCCCCUCAUAUGAAGAAGUUGUGGAAGGAGAGGGCAUGCCUAUUCCCAAAGAUCCCUCCAAAAAGGGUAACUUGAGAAUCAAGUUCAAUAUCAAGUUCCCUUCCAGAAUGUCAUCCAAGCAGAAAAUUGGCUUUAGAAAUUAUUGACAUCACCAUGAAUUCCACUGCUAGUUCUCGUCUCGCUAUCAUUCACUAUCACUUGUAAGAUUGCAUUUGUUUUAUUUUCUGUUUUUGAUUUUGAAAUGGGAAUCCAUGCUUUUUAAGUCUGUUUGCAAUAACAAACAAUAUAUUAGCAUUUUGAUGUGUCGUACUGUGUUGUGUCUAUUUCGUUAUUUAGCUUCCCGGCCUUCUUAGA